CAAGCAAGGGAAAAUUAUCACUCAGAAGAAGAAUACAAACUAAAGAUCUGAUUGGUCGACAGAAAAGCUUUUUAGCCACGUGUCACUAGCCCAAGACUACCUUAUCUGUUGUCUCCUCCCCUCAAAUCGAACAACGUCGAAGAUACUGAGCUCUACUAGCACCUUCAGCUCCGUACAAGAAUGGCUCUUCAGGCUGCUUACUCGCUUCUUCCUUCUACUACUGCUUCAAUCCACAAAGAGGGUAGAUUCAGUGCUUCUCUGAAGGAGACGACAUUAACUAGUUUUCCAUUUUCCAACAAUCUUAGAUCCGACAAGAUCUCCAUCAAGGUAAAAACCAUCCAGGAGCAGAGGAGACAAAACCCACGGUUUUCCACAGGCAUUCGCGCACAGACCGUUACAGCAACGCCGCCAUCGAACGAAGCCUCGCCGGAGCAAAAGAAGACUCAGAGAAAGGGCACCGCAGUGAUCACCGGAGCUUCCUCUGGUUUAGGUUUAGCCACGGCGAAGGCAUUAGCAGACACAGGGAAAUGGCACGUGAUCAUGGCGUGCAGGAACUUUCUCAAAGCCGAGAAAGCAGCUAAAUCCGUAGGAAUGUCUAAGGAAGAUUACACGGUGAUGCAUCUCGAUCUCGCCUCGCUAGAAAGCGUGAAGCAGUUCGUUGAUAACUACCGGAGAACAGAGCGUCCUCUAGAUGUUCUUGUCUGUAACGCUGCCGUUUACCAACCAACAGCUAAAGAACCUUCCUUUACAGCUGAAGGGUUUGAGCUAAGCGUUGGAACCAACCAUCUCGGUCAUUUUCUUCUUUCGAGAUUGCUUCUUGAUGAUCUGAAAAAAUCUGAUUAUCCAUCAAAACGUAUGAUCAUCGUUGGAUCUAUAACAGGAAACACAAACACUUUGGCUGGGAACGUGCCGCCCAAGGCAAACCUUGGAGACCUAAGAGGCUUAGCAUCGGGUUUGAACGGGCAGAACAGUUCGAUGAUAGAUGGAGGGGAGUAUGAUGGAGCCAAAGCUUACAAAGACAGCAAAGUGUGCAAUAUGCUGACAAUGCAGGAGCUGCACAGGCGUUACCACGAGGAAACAGGCGUCACGUUUGCUUCUCUAUACCCUGGUUGCAUCGCUACAACUGGGUUGUUCAGAGAACACGUACCGCUGUUUAGGCUUCUGUUUCCGCCUUUUCAGAAGUAUAUCACCAAAGGUUAUGUAUCUGAAGAGGAAGCUGGGAAAAGACUAGCACAGGUUGUGAGUGAUCCGAGUCUGGGGAAGUCAGGGGUGUAUUGGAGCUGGAACAAUAACUCGUCUUCGUUUGAGAAUCAGCUGUCUAAAGAAGCAAGUGAUGCAGAAAAGGCAAAGAAACUGUGGGAGAUUUGAUCAAUCAUUGUGAAUGAACUUUCUGAAGAUUUUGAGGUUUGUCAAGAAAAUUGGAGGGGUAGCAAAGACUAUUUGAUCUGAUCAAGCCAUUCAUUUUAAUCACAAGGAAGACCAAGUUUGUAAGUGCAUAUAGUAUACUAAUCAACAUCAAUACAUUAACUUGCCAAGCAAGCAACUAAAGAAUAGUUUAAGGUGGUUCACUCCAACAAUAAGAAGAAAAAGGUAAUCAGAAAUCAAAGGGAAUCCAAAAGCAAACAAUCACACAAGAGGUUAAUUAUCUUACUAAUAUUUA